AUGGACUCCAGCUCUAGCUUAGCCCUCGUAAUGGUAACCUCCAGCUGUAGCUUCCCGUCAGCACCCACAAAAUCCUUGGGCACGAAAAGAAUCUUGUUGCCAGGAAGCUGUCCCCUGAGCCAAACCGCUCUCGUCUCAGCCAGAGCCUUCAGCUUCACAAAACCCACACCAUCCACUGCCACAACCUCGUACACAAAUUUCCUCUCGGAUGAGAUGGAGAGCAACCGCGCUCCCGAUGCUGAGGGACUUGCGGCUGAGGACAAAAAGCGUGUCAUCGAGUUCGUACUGCAGGAAAACAUACCCCUGGUCGGGUCCCAAGGAGACAUGGAUCUUAGAGUUCGUGAAGAAGAGCUUUGA